GGUAUUUAACACUUUUAGAUUAAGGGUGUGACCUGUUUGCGUGCUUGGUCUAACUUUAGUAGUCAUAUGAAUAUAUGCACGUAUCUUUCAGGCACAAAUACCUGUCAAGCAGGUUUACCUGACGUUGACUUGCAGUCCUCCUCCGUCACGAUUAAGGCGUGAUGACUAUAAAACAGUCUGACGGACUCUGCUAAGUACAGAUAAAGCAUCAACGCGCUCCAGCGGAUUAAGUUAUUCGUCUUUUUGUGAUUACCUCAAUUUCUGGUACAGCCCUCAUGGCAACGUACCAGGAGUUCAUCCAGCAGAAUGAGGACAGGGACGGCGUGCGCUUCAGCUGGAAUCUGUGGCCCUCGAGUCGCCUGGAGGCCACCCGGCUGGUGGUGCCGGUCUCCUGCCUGUUCACCCCGCUGAAGGAAAGACCGGACCUGCCGCCCGUGCAGUACGAGCCCGUCCUCUGCAGCCGGGCUAACUGCAAGGCUGUGCUCAACCCGCUCUGUCAAGUCGACUUCAGAGCCAAAAUAUGGGCGUGCAACUUCUGCUUCCAGAGGAACCCUUUCCCUCCCUCCUACGCGGGCAUUUCGGACGUGAACCAGCCCGCCGAGCUCAUGCCCCAGUUCUCCACCAUCGAGUACAUCGUGCAGCACGGACCCCAGACCCCGCUGAUCUUCCUGUACGUGGUGGACACCUGCCUGGAGGAGGAGGACCUGCAGGCGCUGCGGGAGUCGCUGCAGAUGUCCCUGAGCCUGCUCCCGCCCGACGCGCUGGUGGGCCUCAUCACCUUCGGCCGCAUGGUGCAGGUGCACGAGCUCAGCUGCGAGGGCAUCGCCAAGAGCUACGUCUUCCGGGGCACCAAGGAGUUCAACGCCAAGCAGAUCCAGGAAAUGCUGGGCUUGAUGAAGCCAACGCAGCAAGGACCGCAGGGCCGCCAGCCUGUCAAUCAAGAGACUGCCGUGGCCUGCAGGUUCCUGCAGCCCGUGCACAAGGUGGACAUGAACCUGACCGACCUGCUCGGGGAGCUGCAGCGUGACCCCUGGCCCGUCCCGCAGGGCAAGAGGCCCCUCCGCUCCACCGGCAUCGCCCUGUCCAUCGCCGUGGGCCUGCUGGAGGGCACCUUCCCCAACACAGGGGCCCGUGUGAUGGUCUUCACCGGGGGCCCCCCCACCCAGGGCCCCGGCAUGGUGGUGGGGGAGGAGCUGAAGACCCCCAUCCGCUCCUGGCACGACAUCCAGAAGGACAACGCCCGUCACCUGAAGAAGGCCACCAAGUUUUACGAAGCCUUGGCUAACCGCGCCGCGGUCAACGGGCACUGCAUCGACAUCUACGCCUGCGCCCUGGACCAGACCGGCCUCCUGGAGAUGAAGUGCUGCUCCAACCUGACCGGGGGCCACAUUGUGAUGGGGGACUCCUUCAACACGUCGCUCUUCAAGCAGACCUUCCAGCGCGUCUUCAGCAAGGACUACAACGGCGAGUUCCGCAUGGCGUUCGGGGGCACCAUGGAGGUGAAGAUGUCCAGGGAGCUGAAGGUCUCUGGAGCCAUCGGGCCCUGCGUGUCUCUCAACACCAAGGGGCCCUGCGUGUCGGAGAACGAAAUGGGCAUCGGCGGGACCACGCAGUGGAAGAUCUGCGGGCUGAGCCCCACCACCACGCUGGCGCUGUACUUCGAGGUGGUCAAUCAGCACAACGCUCCCAUCCCACAGGGGGGCAGGGGGGCCAUCCAGUUUGUCACUCACUACCAACAUUCAAACACGCAGAGGAGGAUCAGGGUCACCACCGUGGCCAGGAACUGGGCCGACGCCCAGUCCCAGAUCCAGCACAUCGAGUCGUCCUUCGACCAGGAGGCGGCGGCGGUGCUGAUGGCGCGGAUGGGCGUGUUCCGGGCGGAGUCGGAGGAGGGGCCCGACGUGCUGCGCUGGCUGGACCGCCAGCUCAUCCGCCUGUGUCAGAAGUUCGGACAGUUCAAUAAGGACGAGCCCAGCUCCUUCCGGCUUUCCGAGUCCCUGUCGCUAUAUCCUCAGUUCAUGUUCCACUUGAGGAGGUCGCCGUUCCUCCAGGUGUUCAACAACAGCCCCGACGAGUCGUCCUACUACAGGCACCAUUUUGUGCGGCAGGACCUGACGCAGUCGCUCAUUAUGAUCCAGCCCAUCCUGUACUCCUACUCCUUCUACGGCCCCCCCGAGCCGGUCCUCCUGGACAGCAGCAGCAUCCUUCCCGAUCGCAUCCUGCUGAUGGACACCUUCUUCCAGCUGGUCAUCUACCACGGCGAGACCAUCGCCCAGUGGCGCAAGGCCGGGUACCAGGACAUGCCCGAGUACGAGAACUUCAAGCAGCUGCUGCAGGCGCCGCUGGACGACGCGCAGGAGCUGCUGCAGGCGCGCCACCCCAUGCCCCGCUACGUCGACACGGAGCACGGGGGCUCCCAGGCCCGCUUCCUGCUGUCCAAAGUCAACCCGUCCCAGACCCACAACAACCUGUACUCCUGGGGCCAGGAGACCGGAGCCCCUAUCCUCACAGAUGACGUCAGCCUCCAGGUGUUCAUGGAUCAUCUUAAGAAGCUGGCGGUGUCCAGCGCGGCCUGAGCUCCCAGCCCGGGGCUGCCAUGAAGGACGAGAUGGGACCAUGAAGUUUACCGUUUUUAACACGGGGACACUUAAGCAUUUCAAAUCCAAGACAUUCUUAAAAAAUGGGACACAAAGACUGUUGGAUCAUGUUUAACCUGUAACCUUUAACACCCCCUCCCCCAAAAGCCAAAUGGUACCUUAAUAUAGCUGUUUUGGCUAGUUUGGUUUUCAUCAGCCGAUUUUUUACAUUCUCUCGUGCCUGCUAAAACGACUGCAUUUGUCUGUCUUUUUGUUUGUUUGUUUUUUUUUUUUUUUGUCCUAAGAAGCAGUAGGCAGGUAAAUUAACUGCUGAUGACACUUUAAAUAUAUAUAUAUUUUUUUUUUUUUCCUGCUAGAUUCAUCCUUGCGCAAAAUAAUUAUGAUAGAAAAUGUUCUGAUGGCUGCAAAUCUGUUCCUGUCAGUUAAACUACUGUUGAGAAUAAAGGACAUUUGAAAGCUAACAUGUCAGUGAAGGACAUUAGCAACGCUUGCAAUUUUCCUGGAGCUGUAAACCGGCGCCAUUUUGUGCCCAGAACUGAAUCCUGCUGUAAAACCGUAUUGACUGUCUGCAUUUGCAUUUUGUACAUUCCAAAACAUUUCACUGUUCAUCACUCCUGACUUCUGCUGUGUUUGUUUAUACUGUAAAAUCUAUUCCUACAUUAAAUUUUAAUUCUACUUAAAACAAA